AGGUCACUGGGAGGUCACUAGGAGCACUGGGAGCACUGGAAUUAUACUGGGAGCACUGGGAUCAUACUGGGAUGAUACUGGGACAUUACUGGGAGCACUGGGAGGUCACUGGGAGGUUACUGGGAGCACUGGGAGGUCACUGGGAGGUCACUGGGAGGUCACUGGGAGCACUGGGAGCACUGGGAUGAUACUGGGACAUUACUGGGAUCAUACUGGGAGGUCACUGGGACGUUACUGGGAGCACUGGGAGGUCACUGGGACGUUACUGGGAGGUUACUGGGAGCACUGGGCCGAUGCCCCCUCCCCUCCCCCCAGACCGGCCGGACCCCCCCCUCUCCCUGCGGCUCUCGGGGGCCUCCGAGACCUCCCUGAGCCUCUCGUGGGAGCCCGGCUUCGAUGGCGGCCUGGCCCAGCACUUCCUGCUCCGCGCUGAAGGCCCGGACGCCCCUCCCCCACCCGCCGCUUUCAUCACUUCCGGUUUUGCCCUGACGCUGGGCGGGCUCCGCCCGGCCACGCCCUAUGACGUCAUCGUGCGCGCCCGCAACGCCCGCGGCGACAGCGACCCCGCCCGGCUGCGCGCCGUCACUUCCGACCCGCCCGAAGCCCCGCCCCCUCUGUGGGAGGAGCCAGGGGAGGAGGCGGCCCCUGGAGGGGGGGAGGGGACGGCCCCUCCCCCACCCGGCCUGGUCGGGGCUCUGAGCGCGCUCGGGGGGCUCCUCCUGCCUGGCCUGGGGGGGGCGCUCU